AAAUUCGUGUCAAAAUUGUGUCAGUUUAUGUAAUCGAUGACUUAAGAAAAUGUUGUGUACAUCUGUAAUUGGUGUAAAUGCAAGAUGCAAGUCCUGUAUAUCAUUUAAAUUUAAUGUCUGUAUUUACACUGUUGAUGUACCUUUUAAAAAUAAAUAAAUAAAUAAAUUCGAUAUCUGAAUUUUCACUGCACAAGCAAAACACACUUCACUCUUGAAUACAAAUUUUGUAAAAUUUUUAAUUUCUACAUGUAUUUAAUUAGUGUGUUCUAAAAAAACUAGCUUUAAUUGUGGUUAAAACCAGUUAUUUCAAUUUCACAACUAAUCAAUUAAAACGAUCUUGAUAAAAUUUCUAUAGUACAAAUCUGAAUGUAUCUCCUUUCAGAUAAAAAAGAAUUUUCCAAAUCUGUAUAUAAUCGACUGAUUUAAGAGGUAACAAAUAUAAAAAAAUAUAGCUGAAUUGACAACCUUCUUUUCGAAGCCGGUUAACAAUUAAAAACUUCACGUGACAACAUCCGAGUUCAUAAUUGUCAUGACCUGUCAGAAUUGCACUGAAAUAUUUUAAAUACGUAAGAGUACAUGAGGCAGUGGUUGCACUAUAUUCAGGCAUUUUAAUUUAUAAUAUUUUUUUUUUCUAAAUUACGUAAUUAUGGAUGACGAAAUUGAAGACAUAGUGGGUGAUAUUAAAUACACAGAUUCCCAAAAAAGUGUAGCCGCUUCUAACGUGUACUCUCUUGAUUUUACCGACAAUAGUUCAGACAAAAAUAACUCUUUUGGUAAAGAUACAUAUGUUAUAGAAUGCGACGACAGCGACGAUAUAGACAGUAUGAAAACAUUUCAACUGCACAACAAUAAAAGCAUUAUUGAUUUGAAAAACUAUUCUAUGAAAAUAAAUCAAGAUACCGACGCACAAUGUGAAGAUAAUGUAAAGAUUAAUAAAUCAGCAUCUACAAGUCUCCAUAAAUGUUGUAUCCUAUCUCAAGAGACCUUCACUCAAACAAGUAAAACAAUAAUAGAGCUAGCCGAAACAGAAAAUAGUGGAAGAAAAAUUGUAAACCAAUCAUUAGAAACACAGACUUCUUUGAUAUCUAUUAUUGAAAAUAAAACUGUAGAAUAUAAAAUAGAGGUUUCAGACGCUCAUACAAAUUUCAUAAAAAAUAAAGUCAUGAAUCAUAAUAAUGAUCACAAUGUAAAUAGUCUAUAUGCCAUCGCGUGUGAUCAAGUAUUUAUUAGUUCUCUGGAUGAUGGGUCUUCAAAAUUUCCUAUUUCAGAAAUAGAAAUAGAAAAAACUGUGGAUGACGAAAGCGGUGGUGGGAGUUCAACUGGUGAAAUAAUAAAAAUUAUAAAUGACGAUUCAAACGAAACUAUUUUAAAUGAGGAACAAAAUGAAAUCCGUUACGAGAACAACAGUGAUUUUCGUGCGUCAUCAGAUUCUAGUAUGGAUGUUGAGGAGUAUUCAUUUGACAAUAAAUGUCAAACAAUAAACAAUAAUCAGGACAGUAUCAGUGAUGUUAGCGAAGUUCCAACCUCGCUUGACAACGAUGUUGAAGAUUUAUAUAAAAAAAUAACUAGUAAUAUAGAACUCCAUCAAAUUGAGAGAGCAUGUGAACCAGAAGCUCGUUAUGUAGGCAUUCUGACACCAUUAACUGAAGAAUCUACAACUAAAAAACAAAGUUUAAUGGAUUUAACACCAAACGUUAAUAACUUAACAGAUGACGGAACAGAAAGUGAUGUAAUUUUCACAAAUAAUGCAGGAAUUAAAAUUAAAAUUCUUCCUUCGAAUGACGCCAAAAAAGAAUCCUUCAGAUUACCAUCUAUUCCAAAUACCGAAUCUUGUCCCAACAGUCCACACUUUUACUUGUUUUCUAUUAACUCUUCGUAUAAAGCUCAAAACAAAAGUAACAAUUGUCCACUUGGAGGACAAAAAGAUCGAUGGGAAAUUGAAUCUAAAGAAUUAGCAUCAGGUGAAGGCACUCUUAUUAACGGACGAAAUGAUUUAUUACAAGGCUGGGAUCAAUGUAUCCAACUGCCUCCUAUUCAUUUAGAAGGUCAUGGUAUAAAGAAAAAUCAAAUUAAACAUGACACUUCUUUGAAUCCAAAGUGUGCAACAUUUAUUACACCCACAGAAUUGUUACAAGAUUCUAUUAGCAUAAAAGGCAGGAUUAAAGAAUUAAAAACUACUAACAAGAAGGCGAAGGAGUGGACACGUCCUAAAUAUUUACCGACAACAGAAAGUAAGACAAGCAGAAGUGUAUCACCAAACAGCCUCUCGCCCGACGACAGCAGACUUGGCGACGUAGCUGAACGGGGGUGCGAGGCACUCUGUGUCGAGUUGAUAAGGAGACUAAGAUCCAGUUCUUGGUUAGAAGUGGCAGACACGUUGCAAGACACGUCUAUAUUAUUGGAAAAGUUUUGGGGUGUGAUAACAGAGAAUCGAAUAGCAGAUCUAAUAAGACAUGUAAGCGUGCACGUUGACUCGCCACGCACACAAUUAGCUCGCUCCGCUUGCAACACAUUGGCUUCCAUCAUUAAAAAUACCAACUACACGAAGAAGCCGAAUUUUUACGAGGCGAUGACCGCGCUGCUGGCAAAAACCGGCAGUUUCAGUCGACCGGUGCGGCGCGCCGCCAAUAUGGCGCUCGACGACGUCGUCUGCGGCGUCGAGUUCUCACACGCUGUCACUGCACUCUGCGUACAUGGUACCAGUCACAAAAGUCCGCUGGUCCGUUGCGCGGCGGCGCGCCUGCUGGUGGUGUGCUGCGCGCUCGGCGGCGGCGGCCGCGAGCUGCUGCGCGCGCGGCCCGCCGCCGCCGCCGCCGCGCGCCGCCGCGCGCUGCGCUCGCUCGCCGCCCUACUCGACGACAACAACAUCGGCGCCAGAAAAUACGCCGAGCGACUGUACUCCAUGCUGCGUCCGCUGAGUAACUUCGAAGCCUACUACCUGACGGACGUAGAUGUAGAACUAGCUUCCCGCCAAAUGAAGAAAUACGACCAGAUAUUACUCUGUGGACCACGCAAAGAAAUAAGGUGAUACACAGCUGUUGCAUUUAAUUCGAUAUCAACAAUGUUUAAAUAUUGCUAUUCUAUUGAAUAAAAUUUGCCAUGAAUGGCACAGUGGUACUUAUAUCUAUUAUAAAUAUAUUUUUUACGAAAAUGACGCAAUAUUAUAAUAGCGUAUAUUUUAACUGGCGAUAAAAUGUAAAUAAAGCUCACUAAUAACUCACAGACAAAGUGGGCGUUAUAAAGUUGGGCCAUUUGCCGCGUCCUCCUUUUUAAAAAUAUAAUAUGUCAGUUUUUUUCACCAGGAUAUAUAAAUAUUAUUUUAACACUGUCAUUUUUUUUUUUUAAUAUAAUUAGUGAUGUAGAUUUAUUAUUGUGCGAUCCUCGAUAUUUUUGAAAGACUCAAACAACGAACGAAAAAAUUAAUUCGCAAACAAUUAAACAUAGAUCUAUUAGUACUUUUAUGACUGGAGAACAUUGUUAACUAUAAAAAAUAUUGAUUACAUAAAAAUAUUGUUAUCAAACUUUUGUUUAAGAUCUUUCAUAAUAUUAUUGUCCAGCAUUAUCUGUUAUCGCCACAAGUAGCGAUUAAUAUUUACGUUAAUGUAUGUAUUUAUAUACGAUUCGAACUACCUAGCUACCAAAAGUUACGCAAACACUGCGGAAGGCCGGGGUUAUAAUCAUGUUUUGUUUUCUCUAUUUUUUGCCAACAUUUGUUUUUACUAAAUAAUGUAAAAUGUUCAAAAUAACAUGAUACAGUAAAACGUAAAGAUAAA